AUGAGUCUGUGCGAAAACUGCAAUUUGGCGACUGAGUGCCGUGGCAUCCAAGACAUUGAAGAUGCAAAGGCUUCGGCAUCAGAGUUCCACUACGAGCCAAUCUUCCAGCCUUCUGAUCCGCACCACGACGAGACAGAGUACUACAUGCUUGAAGGCGAUUAUGUUAAGACGGUGGAAGUUCUUGGGAAAACGAUCUUGCAAGUAAAACCAGAAGCACUCACUGCUUUGGCGCAUCAAGCCUUUGCCGACGUACAUCACUUCUUCCGUAAGGAUCACCUUUCUGGAUGGCGACGCAUUCUUGAGGAUCCUGAGGCCUCAAAUAAUGAUCGCUUUGUCGCCCACACGCUCCUGCAGAAUGCCUGUGUUGCUGCUGGUCGUGUCCUUCCAGCAUGUCAGGAUACGGGGACGGCGAUUGUCCUCGGCAAACGUGGCGAACUCUGUUGGACGGGAGGAGAGGACGAAAAGCACCUUUCCAAGGGUAUUUGGGACUGUUACAUGAACCGGUAUCUGCGUUACAGCCAGACAGCGGCGCUUGACAUGUUUAAAGAGGUGAACACUGGAAAUAACCUGCCGGCACAGUUUGACCUGUUGGCGACAGCUGGAAAUGAGUAUCACUUUCUCUUUAUUGCAAAGGGUGGGGGCAGUGCAAAUAAGGCCUUCCUUUACCAAGAGACCAAGGCACUGCUGAAUCCCAAGUCUCUCAGGGAAUUUAUUGAGCAGAAGCUUAAGACCCUCGGCACGGCGGCGUGUCCCCCGUAUCACAUUGCUCUUGUCAUUGGCGGCACAAGUGCGGAAAUGACGAUGAAGACGGUGAAGCUCGCCAGUUGUCGCUAUUACGACUCUUUGCCCAUAACUGGCAACAAGAAUGGUCGUGCUUUCCGGGAUCUUGAGUGGGAAGCAAUCGUGAUGGAUAUCGCCUGUAAAUCUGGUAUUGGAGCACAAUUUGGGGGAAAAUACUUUGCUCAUCAAGCUCGUGUCAUUCGUCUACCUCGCCAUGGUGCGUCGUGCCCCGUUGGCUUGGGUGUCUCCUGCAGCGCGGACCGUCAGAUUCUUGCAAAGAUCACACCAAAGGGUGUAUUCGUGGAGCGGCUGGUGCGGGACCCCGCACAAUACCUGCCAGACUUACCACCCUCCUCUCUAAGCACGAACGUGGUGAAUGUCGAUCUGAACCAGCCGAUGAGCGAGAUUCGCAAGCUGCUCAGUCAGUACCCUGUUACCACCCGCCUCAGUCUUACUGGGACUCUCAUUGUGGCGCGCGACAUUGCCCAUGCGAAGAUCAUGGAGCGUUUGAAUAAUAAUGAAGAACUUCCUCAGUACAUGAAGGAUCACCCGGUGUACUACGCCGGCCCAGCGAAGACUCCAAAGGGAAUGGCCUCCGGCUCCUUUGGGCCCACAACAGCAGGUCGUAUGGACUCUUACAUAUGCCCCUUCAUGGCCGCCGGUGGAAGCUUUGUCACGCUUGCAAAAGGGAACCGCUCAAAGGCGGUGACAGAGGCGUGCAAGAAGUACGGUGGCUUCUAUCUUGGAAGCAUUGGAGGAUCCGCGGCUAUCUUGGCGCAGAAUAAUAUCAAGAACGUUGAGGUUGUGGAGUUCCCAGAGCUUGGGAUGGAAGCGGUGUGGCGCAUCGAUGUGGUGGACUUUCCUGCCUUUAUUGUCGUUGAUGACAAGGGCAAUGACUUUUUUUCCAAACUCCUUUGA